AUGACGUUGACCGACAACGAGAUCGAUUACGUUCAUUGGGACGAUCCCAACGAACUAGUGGAUCGCCUUCGAUUGCUCGACGCUUCUCGUCGAGUACGCAACAACGCUCAUGAUAACGAAAUUCUAUCGAUAAUCGAGGAACUUCCUGACUUUGAUACAAAGUUGCGCAAGAUUCGACGUAUAGCGCUACCUGUGGAUGAUGAUGAUGCCGCCAACAAACGAUACGUGCUACAGAAUGUGCAAAUGUUGAAAAUUCGGCAGGAUGAAAUCAAGAAAAAGUUAGACACGCUUCAAGUAACUAUAAAUGAGCUUAAAAAAGUAGUUGGUGAAGUGAAAGAUUUCAUGCGUGUCAUGGAGAAAAAAAGGAAGGAUCGAGUCCUUUACUUGCUGCAUUACAUCGGCCCGGCGGCAUUUGAUAUUUUGUGCGAUCGGUUGGACCCGCAAGACCCAUUUAAACAGUUGCUUGACGACCUCAUACUGGGGGAAUUUUACGAGCCUCAACCGUUGGAAAUUGCGAAAAAUUUCCGUUUUCACCAGCGACGCCAGGAAGCGGGCGAGAGCGUGCAACAGUUCGCGGCGGCGUUGCGUAAAUUGUGCAUCCACUGCCGAUUUGGAGAUUACCUAAAAAUUGCGCUCAGGAACCACGAUGGAACUGUCGGAAAAAAGCUCCGCCUCCAAGUGGCAGCGACUCAGCCAACGACACAAGUGGAUUUAAUACAGGCCGGGAAGAAACCACCGCGGAAGUCGGGAGUGUCGAGUACAGCCUACGGGAGGAAGAAGCCCCUUGUGAAUAACUCUUCGAACAUAGCGUACACAAGGAACAAUGCGAAUCGCCGUUUUAAUAAAAACCAAGUCGCUAGCGCGAAUUAUGUGAAGGAAAGGAAGGGUAGUUCGAUAAAGUGUUACAAAUGCGGCCGAAGUCAUUUGGCUUCACAAUGUACCUUGAGUAGAGACGUCCGCUGCUCCGGUUGUGGUACCAAAGGACAUCUGCAAAAAGUAUGCUUCAAGGCCAAGAAACAUACUAAUCAACUGGAGGACAUUCUCCAGCUGGAGCAUCCCAAAUACAGGACUAAAUUCCACUGUACACUAAAGGUGGAUAAUAAACAAGUAAGAUUUGAAAUAGAUAGCGGCUCCGCGGUGACCGUGAUAAAUCGGCAUACGGCACGUGAGUUAUUUCCACAUUCGACCAUUCAUUCGACGGAUUUGAAUUUGAGAGCGUUUUGUAACACCGUAGUAGGAAUAAUAGGAUACAUUACAGUAAGAGUUAAAUAUGAUCAAGUCGAACGCGAGCUAAAUAUUUACAUUACGGACAUAAACAGGAAACCAUUGCUAGGUAGAGAAUGGAUCCGCCAGCUUGCGGUGCCUGGCGGAGUAUCGGAUUUCCUGGACUGCAAUGCUAUCGAGCAAGCGAACAAAGAUACGCAAUUUAAAGUAGAAAGUUUAUUGCAAAAAUACAAAGAAUUACGUUCAACGGAAUGGUCCAAAAUAAAUGAUAAAGAAUUAGACGAACUAUCGCGAGCGGGCGUAUUUACGAAAGCGGAAACCGCAGAGUGGGCGACGCUGAUCGUGCCUAUUUUGAAGGCGGAUAGACGUGUACUAUUUUGCAGGGAUUACAAGGCCACAAUUAACCCGAAGUUAGUAGUCGAUGAACAUCCGCUACCGAUCAUAAACGAGAUAUUUGCGAAACUGACCGGAGGGGAAAAGUUUACAAAAAUUGAUCUACGCCAAGCAUACUUACAAUUAGAUGUAGACUCAAAAAGUAGCGAAGUUCUGACGCUAAACACACAUCGGGGAUUAUACAAAGUAAAUCGACUAACGUAUGGAAUAAGGACCAUUGAAAACAUACUGCAGAGCCUUGACGGAGUCGCGGUAUUUCUAGAUGACAUAGUCAUCACAGGCGAAACAGAGAUAAUACAUUUACAAAGAUUAAACGCGAUAUUACAACGGUUACACAAUUAUAAUAUCAGAAUAAACUUAGAAAAAUCAGGCGAUUAA